AUGCCCCCCAUCCUGCCAGUCCCUCCUCGGCUGAUAAGCCACCGCGUGGCCCGUCUACUCGAUCCCUCUCUCCCUGCCGACCACCACCAGCACCUUCGUCUUCCAAAUUGGACAGGAGAGCCGAAUCCUCUCGCCGCUCAUCCUUCAUGCGCUGCUCAUCGAACGCCAUGUUUGAGUACUCGAUGGCCUACCAAAUUAUGUCAUUGCACACAUAAUCUACUCGUCGUCACCAGAAUUUUCCGUCUUCACUGCGACUCGGGUCGGUCCUAUCACCUGCUUUCUGAUCUUGCCCCGAAUAACCGCUUUACCCGGGCGGCCCGACUUGCUCUACUUUGA